AUGGUACAGACUGUCCACGUUAUCGAUGUCGAAAGUGGGAACCUGCAGUCCCUGACGAACGCCCUCCACUUCCUGGGCUAUAACGUGCAACUCGUGCGGAGUCACACAGAGCUAGUCACCAGCGAGGUCGAACGGUUGAUCCUCCCAGGUGUCGGGAACUACGGCCAUUUUGUCGACAACCUCUUCUCAAGAGGGUUCGAGACACCCAUCAGACAGUACAUCGCCUCGGGGAAACCUCUCAUGGGGAUCUGCGUCGGGUUGCAGGCGAUGUUUGCCGGUUCAGAGGAGAGCCCAGCGUCAAGCGGGUUCAAACAACUAGACAUGCACUUGUCCAAGUUCAACGACGCAGAAAAACCAGUGCCAGAGAUAGGCUGGAACAGCGUGUUCGCGGACAAGUUGUUCUUCGGUCUUGACCCGCUGAAACGCUACUACUUCGUCCACAGCUUUGCGGCAAUUCUAGACCCAUCGGGAAAGCAGGAACAAGUAUUGAAGUCCCAAGGCUGGGAAUUUGCGAAGGCGAAGUACGGAACGGAGACGUUCAUCGCCGCUAUGUGCAAGGAUAACAUCUUCGCCACGCAGUUCCAUCCUGAGAAAUCCGGCAAAGCAGGUCUGCAAGUCAUCGAGAACUUUUUGAAACAGGACAGGAACAUACCGCUGCCCGAAUACACUCAGGAGCAAAUAAAGUGCCUCCAGAACGACUACAGUAACUACGGUCUAACGAGAAGAAUUAUCGCUUGUCUCGACGUCAGAACAAACGACCAGGGAGAUCUGGUCGUCACUAAGGGUGACCAGUACGACGUCCGUGAAAAGACUGACGGCAAGGAUGUGAGAAACCUGGGCAAGCCCGUGCAGCUUGCACAGAAGUACUACGAACAGGGCGCAGACGAGGUCACCUUUUUGAACAUCACCUCCUUCAGGGACUGUCCGUUGCGGGAUACCCCCAUGCUAGAGGUGCUCAGACAGGCAGCCAAGACCGUGUUUGUGCCAUUGACCGUUGGCGGUGGGAUUAAGGAUAUAGUGGACACGGACGGCACGAAGGUCCCUGCUUUGGAGGUGGCAAGUCUGUAUUUCAAGUCCGGUGCGGACAAAGUCUCGAUCGGCACGGAUGCGGUCCUUGCCGCGGAGAAAUACUACGCAAUGGGCGGGAAGGGAGAUGGCACGUCCCCCAUUGAAACGAUAUCGAAGGCGUACGGUGCACAAGCUGUCGUCAUUUCGGUAGACCCGAAACGUGUCUACGUCAAUUCACCAGCAGACACGAAGAACAAGACCUUCCAGUCAAAAUUCCCGGACACUGAGGGCCGCACCUGGUGCUGGAACCAAUGUACCAUCAAGGGCGGCAGGGAGAGCAGAGAUAUGGGCGUUUACGAGUUGAUAAAGGCCUGCGAGGCGCUAGGCGCAGGUGAGAUCCUUCUCAACUGUAUCGACAAGGACGGAUCCAAUUCCGGCUACGACCUAGAAUUGAUAGACCAGGCCAAAAGUGCAUGCAGCAUCCCCGUCAUCGCAUCCAGCGGUGCGGGCACUCCUGCCCACUUCGAGGAGGCGUUCACCAAAACGAAGGCGGACGCCUGUCUAGGUGCGGGCCUCUUCCACAGAGGCGACUACACCGUCUACGACGUCAAGGAGUACCUGUUGGAGCACGGCUUGAAAGUAAGAAUGGACAAGGAAUAA